ACGCCUCGAAUCGAAAUAAACCAGCUGUGGAUCAGAUCACCACGGCGGCCACCAACUUAAUGGCGUCCUCUAUCGUUCACUUCGACUCGCUACCGGCGACUACUAUUCAAUCCCAUGCCUCCAACCUUCUUCAAUUACCCAACAAGACUCUGCUCUGUGCCUGGUUCGGAGGCUCCCAGGAAGGAUUACCUGACAUCAGUAUCUGGCUAUCGCGUCAGACCCCAGGGUCAAACGAAUGGUCUCCACCGCAAAAGAUCUCAUCGGACACGGGCCGCAGUUGUCAGAACCCUGUGCUUUUUAGAGCACCCAGGACUGGUCACAUAUGGCUCUUCCACACUUCACAGGAUGCAGGCAACCAGGACGGUGCAUUAGUCAUGGUUCGGACAUCCAGUGACCAUGGCGUCACUUGGUCAGAGCCUAGUUAUCCGUUUAAAGACUUGAAGGGGGUUUUCGUCCGCCAACCACUCGUUGUUCUCAAAGAUGGAACAUGGGUUCUACCUGUCUUCCUCUGCCGGUCCGCUGCAGGACAGAGAUGGAUAGGAAACGACGACAUCUCCGCUGUACUUUUCUCACGCGACGAUGGCGUGACCUGGGAGGAAAAGAGAGUCCCUGGGGGCAUCGGCGCGGUUCAUAUGAAUAUUGUGCCGCCUUUUAGGGGACAAGAUCAAUAUGUCGCCUUCUUCCGGAGUCGAUGGGCGGACAAGGUGUACCGGUCCACGUCCACAGAUGGCAUUGACUGGGCAUCUCCCGAACCCAUCAGUCUGCCAAAUCCCAACAGCGGAAUUUGCGCUGCCCGUCUUCCAUCGGGAAGCAUUGCAAUCGUCUUCAACAAGUCCGCUGCUGUACCUAAUAUGACUAGACGGGAAGGUUUGUACGAUGAUAUUACCCCUGAAGGCGACAAACGGCCCAAUCAAGUAUCCGUGAAUGGCAGAUCCGCCAUUUGGGGUACCCCUCGCAAGGCCUUGACAGUUGGCAUCUCGUCAGACCAGGGGAUCACAUGGAAAACACGGGUUCUGGAGGAUGGCGAUGGAUUCUGCAUGACAAACAACUCGGAGAAGAAAGCAAACAGGGAGCUGAGCUAUCCAAGUAUCUGGACCGAGCAAGAUGUCUCACAUGCGCCCGUUCAUAUUGCUUUCACUUUUCAUCGCCAACAUAUCAAGUAUGUUCGGAUUGAAAAUAUUGAGCAUUGGGUGGACGAUGCUUGAGUCCGAGGAAGCGCACAGCUGGUCGCUACACGCCAGGUGGCCCUGCGGAGCCACCGAACAGGGGGGGGCUGAAUAGGGGUUGAGGACUACGAGAACGUUUAAAUAAAGACUGCUCAGGGCCGAAAUUCAGAUUUGUUUCGCCCCCUACCUAUAUUUAAUAGCUGCGGACCACAUGUAGAAGGCGUGUAGAAGGCGUCUUCACUGCUCUAAAUUAAGCAGUUACACCUUUCCUCUG